AUGUCGCACAUUGUUUGGAACAACGGUGGCGUUUUCUCGCAAGGACAAAUCGCCGGCGGAACCGUGGUGCUAGUGAGAACGCGACCGGUGACCACCAAAUUUGUAAGGCUUGACAUUUCUGGAAUAGCUCAUGUUCACUGGAUUAAUAAGGAGAAGGUGGUGAAACAGGAACCGAAUGGACGGUUGAAGAAGAAGUAUCACGAUUGCCACUAUUCUAACAAUGAGACUUUCAUUGAUGAAAAUAUUGAUCUUUGGAGCAGCCCGGGUUUAAAGUCGAUUCUUCCCGAAGGCACUUAUGAGUUGCCAUUCUCAUUUCGCCUUCCGAUCAAUUCUCCUCCUUCGUUUGAAAGCGCUAUUGGAUCAAUUCGCUAUAAGGCAAAGAUUAAUGUUGAUGGGGAGUUGGAUGACGAGACGGAGAGAGUCCACCGGUUCCAAGUUCGUCAGCUUGCUGACCAUAAUUGGCAACCAAGAGCAAUAAUGCCGUUUAGUGAAACAGCUCGUUUCACGACAUUCUUCCCACCUGGAAACUUUCAGAUAAAAGUGGAAAUGUGGCACAGCGCAUUCGUUGUGAAUCGAAUGAACAAAGUUCGCAUUUCGGUUACAAAUAGGAGCUUCUCAGUCAUUAGACUUCGUUUGUGUCUUCUCGAAAUUGCGGUUCACCUUGGACGGAGACAAUCUGAGCCAUCAAUUUUUCCAAGAAGUACGCCACGCGAGCAAACAAUUGUGAAGAAAAAGAUUUUGGAAUUCAAAUCUGAUCCAACUCGUGAGAAAGAAAUCGAUUACGAUCUUUUCAUCGAUGUUCCCGAUUUUCCGCCAACAUUCCAUACCAGCGUGAUCAAGGUGGAAUACGUUCUUCAAGUUAAAUGCGACAUCGAGAUAUGCGAAGGAAGCUCUUUGAUUAAAAUUUACAGGCAACUACUAGAUCAAAAACGAUCUUGUCAUUACUCUAAUCUCUUAAGAACCCUCAAAGCAAGCGGGCCCAUUGUACUUACUUCGUGCCCGAUCAUUGCCAACUAUCCGAUCGAUAAUGGCUUCAUCAAUAUGUUAGAGCAUGAUGCAAAUCGCAACAUCGUUCGUAAAGCUUCAACAACUCCGAGUCCAAGACUUCAUCCUGCUUGCUGA